CAACAAGAGGGCUGAAAGGCGGACUCGUACACUCUGCCACUUGCGGUAGACAUCUGGCGCAGCGGCGGAGUCUUAUCAGAGAUGUGGGGGCGUACAUAUAAGAUGUGGUGCCCGAUUGCGAUUUGAAGGUUCAGAGUCCAAAACACCCUCCCCUUUGUUAUUCUAGACUUCUUCUCUCCUUCUCCUUCGCACUUCUUUUCAGCCUUUCCUGGCAUUAGCAGCGUCGAAGUCCUCAGGGUCGGAGCAUCUGCCCUCUAAAUCGCGCACUCUAUCCCUCGAUCUCUGAAAUGACGAACUCGAACAAUACAAUCCAAUACGUAUACGCCAAAAACGGCACCGCAAUCCCAGAAGACCUCUGCACCGUCUCCAUCUGCUCGCUCGAUUACGCCCAAGUCGAGUAUCUCCCCACGCUCGCCGGAAACCUCAUCUACCUCAUCAUCUUCGCUGCCCUCUUUAUUGCGCAAUGCUUCUUAGGAAUCCGACACAAAACAUGGGGCUUCUUCGUUGGGAUGUUCUGCGGGAUCGUACUCGAGGUUCUGGGGUACGCGGGACGCGUUAUGCUCCAUGGUGAUCCAUUCGACUUCAACAGCUUUCUAUUAUACCUUAUCCCCCUGACAAUUGGCCCGGCCUUCCUCUCAGCCGCUAUCUAUCUAUGCCUCGGUCGAAUCAUCAUGGCCUACGGCUCGGACAGCUCACGGUUCCAACCGAAGACGUACAUGUUCAUCUUCUGUGGAUGCGACUUCUUCUCGCUGCUGCUCCAAUCCGUUGGCGGCGCGAUUGCGGCGACGGCGAACGACAAGGCUGGAUCGGAUAUGGGAGCGAACAUCAUGGUGGCUGGAUUAGCUUUCCAGGUCUUCUCGCUUCUGGUGUUCAUCGGGCUGGCUGGUGACUAUGCGCUGCGGGUCCAUCGCGCGCCGAAGAGCAAUUGCCAGAAGUUCUCUGGGCUGAGGGCGAGCCGGUAUUUCAAGUGGUUCAAGUGGAGUCUCGCUGUUGCUACCUUCGCCAUCUUGAUUCGGUCUAUCUUCCGCGUGAUUGAGUUGCAGUCCGGUUUUGGCGGCUCAGUGGCGAACAACGAGGCGCUCUUCAUGAUCUUCGAAGGACCAUUUGUUAUAAUUGCUUGUUUCUUCUUGACCAUUUGUCAUCCUGGUCUUGUUUUCAAAAAUCUCUGGGCCGAAUCGAACUGGUCGUUGCGAGGGCGGAGAUCGGGAAAGGAGUCUAUUGAUUCAGAGGAGGGCAUUGUACUCUCUUCGUAUGAGCAGCCGAAGUAAGCUUCAGGACGAAUGUGUACUUCUAGCUUGGCGUUUUGAGUGCUUCUUUUAGAGAGCCCUGGUAGGUAAGGUGUAGCCAAGGAGUAUUGGGUCUUAGAGGGUAACGAGCUAGAAUAUAGAGACGGCAGCAUACCAGAAGCUACAUACCUACCACAGGUCUUCCCUUCCAAUGCGUUUAGGUCAUGCCACGUGACCGAAAGCUUACUGAAAACAACGUGGUAUGACAGGGAGCCUAUUAUGCAUACGAGAUAUCAACCUCUUCGAAUUUUCACCAAUAGAGAUGGUGUAUUGAAAUGUGAGCCUUGCAAUGGGGGGAGGUAGACCUACUUGCUUGCCAAGAGAUAAUGGGUGGAUGUCAAGAACGCUCCCAACUAGAGCCCCCUACAGGUACAAAGAUAGCAAACUAGCACUCAUAUCAUGUCUCC